AUUGCUCACAGUUUCGACUUACCCGUCGCAUGUGACAGUUAAACAUUUUUAGACUUUAGUAAAAUUAGAGCAUGUCGCGCUCGCAGAUCAAAUAACUUAUUGCUGUAUCUUUCUAAUUUUUGACUGCUAUUUCAAAGUGUUUUAAUUGAAUAUAUAUCGAUUUGCUUGCGCCUUACUAUUCACUUUUCAAUGCCACUAGUCACUGUGAGAAUUCUUUACUUGAAAGGUUUCUUGAAAUGUAAUGAAGACAGAUGCCAUAAAACUUAUAUCAAAUAAUAUUAUCGGCACUUACAAGUUAUAGUUUACAAUCACAAGUAUUGACAAUAUGAUAAAAAAAUGAAAAUGGAUAUGAAACUUGUUUCCUUCAUACUUAUGCUUACUGUAGUGUUUCUGGAAGCAAAAAUAAAUCUCUGGGGAAAAUUAUCAUUUUCUCAGAAAGCAGUACUUAACUAUCUGUUUCCUAAGGAACCCGGUAUAGUGAGAGUAAGGAAACCAGAAGAUAUUAGAACAACAAAAAACAAUGUUACCACAUUGGAUUUUAUCGGUUUAGUAGAGAGAUACGGUUAUCGCGCCGAGGAGCAUUACGUCACAACGGAAGAUGGUUACAACUUGGUAAUACACAGAAUAUCAGGAAGUCCUUUAUCUAAGAAUCAACAGAGGAGAAAAGUAGUGUUCCUUCAACAUGGUAUCUGGUGCACGUCUGACUGCUGGGUAUUGAUCGGUGCUGGCAAAGAUCUUGCAUUUUUAUUGGCUGACCAAGGAUACGAUGUAUGGCUUGGAAAUUUUAGGGGAACUGCUUAUUCUAGAUCACAUAUAAAAAUGUCUCCACGAGAUAGAGACUUUUGGCAAUUUAGCCAACACGAGAUAGGACUUAUAGAUGUACCAACUAUGAUCGAUUAUGUACUUAAUUAUACAAAACAAAAAACUCUGCGCUACAUCGGUCACUCGAUGGGAACCACCAUAUUUUGUAUUUUACUAUCUAUGAAACCUGAAUACAACGCAAAAAUAGAAUUGGGAAUUCUCCUCGCUCCGGUCGUCAUGUGGAGAGAAUUAGCUCCCCUUUUGGAAACUUCACGUAAUAUAAUACCAAAAAUUCAGGAAUAUCUUGAGUCUAAUGACAUACAUGAAAUAGCUUCCCUGUCGUCAACAAGCAUUAGGGUUGGAAGAACACUGUGUAAAGAUAAGGCAAUUACUCAGCCUAUCUGCUUUGCCAUAUUAUUUCUGGUUGCCGGAUCCGAUCCAGCACAAUUUAACACUACAUCAUUACCAGAAAUAUUAUCAAAUUACCCGGACGGUAGUUCCGUGAAAACAUUACUUCAUUAUUAUCAAAAUGCUCUUACAAAGAGAUUUCAAGCCUACGACUAUGGAUAUUUCGGCAAUUACAAGCAAUACAGACAGUUCACGCCCAUAAUUUAUGAUCUUAAAAACGUUAUUGCACCCUUGGCCUUAUUUUACGGCGCUAAUGAUUUGCUUGCUUUAAAACCGAAUGUCCUUGAGACGUAUAGGAACUUGCCGAAUGUUAUCGUGCUGGAGGAAAAUCCAUACAAAUUAUUUAAUCAUUUGGAUUUUUUAUGGGCCAUCGAUGCUAAGACUCUAAUAUACGAUCGUGUGAUAGAAUUACUUCAGAAGUUCGAUAAUCAAGCGUGGAUAAUUGAUAAUGAAUUCUUCUAUGUCUGAUUCUGAUGCUUUCUUUUUAACAAAUAAUUGAGAUGCGGAAACGCCAACGCGAUACAAAGCGGAUCUUGA